AUUACUGAACAUUAAGUUCUUACUCCGAUGUGUCUUUCUAUUCAGUUGCCUAAAUUAGUUUCGAAAAUGUCUGCUUAAUGCGUCUAUUAAUACUGAAAAACUAGUAAGCAACAUCACUGAUUCCAGCCUUGUUUAAAAUCUUGGCAACUUUAUUUAUCACUGACUUCAUUAAACGGACAAACCCGAAUUCGAAUAUAUUCAUUUUCCUUUGUUGCUCCAGAUGAAGUUCGUCCUUUUCCUCUGUGGCUUUGCCCUGGCUGCCGCCAGCCAGCAAUGGGAAGACUUCAAGUUGACCCAUGCAAAGGUCUACACCAACGCCAAGGAGGACCUCUACAGGAAGGCCGUUUUCGAGAGCAACCUUCAAUUCGUCGAGGAACACAAUGAACGCUUCCGAAAGGGCGAAGUCACCUUCGACGUCGCUAUGAACAAGUUCGGCGACAUGACCACAGAGGAAUUCGUAGCCCAGAUGACUGGACUGGAUCCAAGUGGAUUACACAGAGGGAAUGGAACUCGCCAAUCUCCAGAGAAGGAAAGAGCUGAUUCCAUCGACUGGAGAGAUCUGGGUGCUGUCAGCGAAGUCAAGGACCAGGGAGCCUGUGGGUCCUGCUGGUCCUUCUCCACUACAGGAACAGUGGAAGGAGCCAAUUUCAUCAAAACUGGAAAGCUGGUCAGUUUGUCCGAACAGCAGCUCGUCGAUUGCUCCACAGAGAACAACGGAUGCAACGGAGGCGUCGUCCAGUGGGCCAUUGAUUACAUCAAGUCUGCCGGUGGUGUCACUAGUGAAGACAAUUACCCCUAUGAGGCCGUUGUAAGGUGCCGCUUCGAUCCCUCAAGUGUUGUGGCUACAGUCACAGGAUACAGAAGUAUUCCUUACGGUGAUGAGAGAACUCAGGCCUCUGCUCUCCAUGACCAGGGUCCCGUGAGUGUCUGUGUUGAUGCUGGACAUUUAUCCUUCCGCUUUUACAGAUCAGGUGUCUACUAUGAACCCAACUGCAAACCACGCUCUAUCAACCAUGCUGUUUUGGCUGUUGGUUAUGGAACGGAGUCUGGCAGCGAUUACUGGAUCAUCAAGAACUCCUGGGGCAGUGGAUGGGGCAUGGGUGGGUACAUGAAGCUCACAAGAAACCAGAACAACCACUGUGGUGUGGCCACUCAGUCUUGCUACGCCCUUGCCUAACGUGUUUGCUUUCUGCCUUACUCUUCUGGAUAUUAUGCGGACUGACUUCUUAUCAGAAAUAAAUAA